CCUCCCCUGCUUGCACUCGCCUCCUGUCAACACAAUGUCGAUCCCAGUGCAGGAAUCCCAAGAACACCAAGACCACCAAGAGUCCAAUUACGUCGACUCCGACGCCAGAUCCUCUAUAUUCAACUUUGAUGACGAUGAGGACGAGCGUGAUCGCGCCGAGCCUUCCUCCUCCUUUGAUAAAUCCUCCAUCGCUCAUCUCAUCUCCUCAUACGGUUCCUCUUCUUCCACAGCUUGGCUCGAAUUCUCUCGUUACAAGAUAUGGCAAGCGCCCGCCUCCUUCCUCGCCGAGAACCCCACUUCCACCUUCCUCCCCAUCCAAGGAUACAUGCAACACAAACAAUUCAUCUUUGCAUGGGGUAACCCACUCGUCUCCCAUCCUUCUCUUCUCGGUCCCACAGCCAAGGCAUUUGUAUCCUGGGCAGUCGAUGAACAAGAAGCGAAACCCGUUUGGUGUUGUGCCGAUCUCGCUUUCGAGGCAGUUUUGGCCAACAACGACAAAGAACGUGGUCUUGGAUGGUCUGCGGUCGAGUGUAUCCACGAGGAAGUUCUCGAUCCGGAUCACAUCUUGGACUUGACGAACGCUAAGGGAAAAGAGGGUGUCGGCGCAGUCAAAGAUUUGAAGAAGAAUCUCCGGAGGGCAGAGAGAGCUGGUGUUUCGGUUGAAGAAACGACCGAACAAUGGUCACAGCAUGACAGACAGGAAGUUGAAGAUGGCCUACUUGAGUGGCGAAAGAGUAAGGGUCUGAAAGGUGUCCAGUUGGCCUCUACCACUGGACUUCCAUGGAUAGAUGAACAGCACCGUCGAUACUUGGUCGCUCGUCACGAGGGCCACAUCGUCGGGAUUCUGAUCCUCACUCCCAUCCACGGGCCAUACCAGCCCCCUGCCUCCGAGGUAUCAUCCACACCUGCCCAGGUCCCAGUCCCAACCACAUCGGCGCUCAAACAGAAGCGUAAAUUCUUCAUCCCCGCACUGGGGCACCACAAGUCCUCUCCGGAGACAUCUCCUGAACGAGGAUCUUCUCGAUCUACCUCUUCGUCGGAUUCUGAAUCUCCCGUUCAAUCCCCCACAUUCUCUUCCCAUAGUCUCUCCUCAUCUUCCUCCUCACUUGACGCUGAUUUCUCCCUUCAUAUGAUGUCCAAGUCCGCCCUCAAUUCGCGCUACUACCUCAUCAAAAAUGCCAUCUCUUUCCCAUCCGCACCCCGAGGCACGUCCGAGCUUCUCAUCCAUACAUCACUUGAGCUCCUUCAAAAAGCGUCGCCUUCACGGCCUCCCAAGGUCACUUUUGGAAUAACAGCGUCUGACACGCUUCAUCCGAAAGCUAACCUGUCGGGAUGGAGGAUUGUUGGGUUGUCGAAGGUGUACUCGAAGGUAGCCGGAACAGCUGGUCUACUGAAACGAGGCGAUUUCAGAGCCAAGUUUGAUUCUGGAAGGGUGCCGAUGUAUGUUUGUUAUCCUGCCACGGAGGGUGGAUUUGGAAUCGAGGGUGUCAAGUCGUUGUUGAAAGUGUUGAAAAAGUAAUUGUUUCCCCCCCCCCCCUCCGAGUUUUUUUAUGUUUUACGACCAUUCGUUACGAGCCUGUAUUCAUGUAUCAUUAUUUUGGCGUUUUCUUGUUCUUUUCUUCUUCUUCCUUCUCUCCUUCUUGUGUAUGAUGUAUAAUCGAUAUCUUACCUGAUUACAAGUAUUAUGUUCCUGUUCUAUAUUGUCAUGCCUUUGAUACCAUAGUUGUUCUGUUUUGCUCUGGGUUACUUGUUUUUACUUAGCAUUGUAGUAAUCAAUCACCAACAUACAUGGUCUUCAAUCCCCAAUGGUGGUUAUG